UGAGCGCUCGCGACCGAGUGAGGAGAGAUUCGCAGGGGAUCCUACGUGGCCAGGCAGGAGUGAGUGAGUUGAGUCCCGCGGGAUCAGCGUCCAAAGAGAAGCGACGAGUGCGGGUCGCGAGGUGUCGUUCUCCGCGGGAGGAAAGGGUUGGAAAACGGAGCGGGUGCGCGGAGGACGUCGAUGAGUGGCAAGACCGGUAAGCGAAGCUAACCGAGCGCGAGGACGCGCCGGGUGCGAGAGCGAGAGAGAGAGAACGAGCGCGGGGCGCUUGGAAGCGAGGGAGACGGAGAGAGAGAGACGCGUGGCGGCGAGCCGAUGCGGGCACCCGGUGGCGCGAGCUAGACGCGAGCGAGCGGCCCAGGGGAAAGCGGGAGCGCCCGGAGGACUCAACGAGGGGCCAGGCGGCGCGCGGACGGCACGACGAGAGGAAGAGAGCGAGAGGAGAGCGCCAAGGGACAAGCUCCGGUAAUCGGCAGCCAUGUUCGACGUGUUCGGGUCCGUGAAGGGCCUGCUGAAGCUCGAUUCGGUAUGCAUCGACAACAACGUAUUCCGGUUGCACUACAAGGCGACCGUGAUAAUCCUGAUAGCGUUCAGCCUGCUGGUGACCUCGAGGCAAUACAUCGGCGACCCGAUCGACUGCAUCGUAGACGAGAUCCCGCUACACGUGAUGGACACCUACUGCUGGAUCUACUCGACCUUCACGAUCCCGAACCGGAUGGGCAUCGUCGGUAAAGACGUGGUGCAGCCAGGGGUGGCGGCGCACGUCGAGGGGGAGGACGAGAUCAAGUACCACAAGUACUACCAAUGGGUCUGCUUCACCCUGUUCUUCCAGGCGAUCCUGUUCUACGUGCCCAGGUACCUGUGGAAGUCCUGGGAGGGCGGCCGCAUAAAGAUGCUCGUCCUCGACUUGAACUGCCCGGUUGUCAACGACGACUGCAAGAUCGAGCGGAAGAAGCUCCUCGUCGACUACUUCGUCACGAACCUGCACACCCAGAACUUCUACGCCUUCCGGUUCUUCCUCUGCGAGAUCCUCAACUUCGUCAACGUGGUAGGCCAGAUUUACUUCAUGGACUUCUUCCUGGACGGCGAGUUCACGACCUACGGCUCAGAGGUGGUCAGCUUCACCGAGAUGGAGCCCGAGGAGCGCGUCGACCCCAUGUCCAGAGUCUUUCCUAAGGUGACCAAGUGCACCUUCCACAAGUACGGUGCCUCCGGGACCGUUCAGAAGUUCGACGGGCUCUGCGUGCUCCCGCUGAACAUCGUCAACGAGAAGAUCUACGUCUUCCUUUGGUUCUGGUUUAUCCUGCUGGCCGUCCUGAGCGGCCUGAGCCUGGCCUACCGGGCGGCCGUGGUGGCGGGCUCGAAGCUGCGACUCGUCCUCCUCAGGGCCAGGUCGCGCCUUUCGCCUCACGAGCAGAUCGAGACCAUCUCCCGCAACUGCCAGAUAGGCGACUGGUUCGUCCUCUAUCAGCUCGGCAAGAACAUCGACCCCCUCGUCUACAAGGAGCUCGUGGCCGACCUCGCCAAGAAGCUCGAGGGCAAGGAGGACGUCUAGGAAUCCGAGUCUCGAAGACGACGCGCGCCCUCUUCGGGGCGAGGCGCGCGACCAACGGAAGAGUUUCUGCGGUCACUGAUCGGUCGACGGGAUAGCUCGACGUCGAUGGGCUUCCGUCCGGGAACAACCUAGAACCCUUCCGAAGAAGGGAUCGCUUUUUUCGACCAUCGCGAACCGCAGUCCCUGCGGGGUCCCCCGGGACCCUAUGGACCUCCAUGGGAUCCCCAUGGGACGUUUUCGAACGUCUUCGGACGGACGACGUGUGUACCACGCAUCCUGGAAGACCUCGUCGAGCACAGACUCCGCUCUGCGCGGGACUAUUUUCCGAAACGACGCAUCCACGUUUAAUCGCCGAUAAUGGAGCGAGAUAGCGAGAAUCGGACCAUCCACGAGGGGGAUCGACGAGUUCCCUCGGGUUCUACGCGUUGGGUUGGGGUAGGCUGGUGUUUGGUUUUCGGGAAUCGAUAUCCUUGUCGGGUCGCCCGUAAACGCGUCUCUGGGGCCGGACAAAGGAACGCGCGGGAUUCGAGUCUCUUCAAGGUGCUAAAGAUGCGACUACGUCGAGGUUAGGUGAAAUACCCUUUCUUUGUUCGAAUGGGGAGAAACGGUGGGAUUUGUCGCUGCCUUUGAGAUUAACUUCGGUAUUCAAGGAAUAUGCGGUGGCGGAGUUAUUGAGGAUAUAAACGCGUCUCGGGCUGGCGAACUGGCAGCCGCCAUCUUGGAAAUUUCUGGUUCUUGCUGCGAUUUAAGAAUCAUGGGAAUGAUACCUCCUUUCAUGGUCGAUCCGGAGGAUCUUUGGACCGCGUUCGGUCUCAGGGUGACCCGAUAGCGAUUUCGUCGAGAAACUAAAUUACUGUUAGUGUAUUGUAUAUACGGCGAGUUUCCAUGAACGCCGACGUAAGCAGCGAUGCGUCGCAGGUGCGCGGAACGCCGUCUGAGAAAGCCAUCCCGUGGGAUCGACCAGGGUCCGCGCUGGUCCCGUCCAGGUCCCAUGUGUCGAGUUGAGGCGUUAAUUCGUGCGAAAUUUUUUAAUUGUUCAAAUUUUUUGAAUCGUUCGAAUCGUUCAAAUAUUUUGAAUCGUUCGAAUCGUUCGAAUCGUGGAAAUCGGGGAAAUCGUUUGAAUCAUUCGAAUAAAUCGCAAGAAUCUAGGCCUGGACUCGUGUAGAUCCAGUAGCGACAACGACUUCGACGACGGGCCCCGCGGAUCCCCAGGUCCGCGGCCCCGAGGUCUCGUAGACUAACCGUGUGAUAAAACGGGGGACGGCGUCCUUUCUCUUACCUUUCUCUGCGUAUCUCACCUUUUCUCUCGGCCCCUCUCCUGGGCUCCUGGUGGGAAGGUGAUGUGAAACCCUGAAGACCGGUCGAUUCGGAGAAAGAUUUUUUUAAGGGCGUAUCACCGAACUGACUGAAAUUUUAAUACGUACGUCAGGAAUGUCUCGAUGCUUUCGAAAUUAUUAAAAAAAUAAUAAUUUGUUGGUUUGGCCGGAUUUUCUCUAAAGUAAAAUUUUGAAAGUCGAGACAUUAACUAGGAGCAUGUAAACUUUGUGCUGGAAUUUCAGCCAGGGCGAUGGAAGCGAUUGGUUUCAGGGUUUCACAUCGCCUUAAGGGCGAUUCUAACAUAUCUGUGAAAUAUCUGUGCUACAUUUGUGCAUUAUUUAGUAUCGUACGUUUUUGGAUAUCGAGAUAGAGAGAAAAAUAUGGAAUUCAUUUGAUUUUCUGCAGUAAUACGUCGGUGUUACGUCGUGUCCGUUCAGAUGUGUCAGUGCUCGUACCGUACCGUCCGUUCAGUGAAAACGUCGGUUGAAAUCACCGUCCGAGCACUGACAUUAACACGGACGUUUGGAUGUGAAUUCGGAAACGUAUAGAUUCCGGAUAUAUAUUUAGGAAAGCGAUAUCUCUGUCUGCUCUGCAUGGGUACAGUAUGGAUAAGUUUGAAUCUGCCAUUACCCCCAAGGACGCCAUCGCCGCCAUCUUGCAAAUGGCCUUCGGAGGUCUUCUUAGGGCCUCGAGACCCUCGACGGUCCUUUGUGGGUCCUGGUCCUCUCCCAGGGGUCCUUACGACAAUAAUGUUCUUCGAAGAACUCGGCUGACGAUUUUUGACCCCUCCCCCUCAGUAGACUGCCCGGACCACCUACAUAGCCUGGUUUUCAUUUAACCGGCUUAGGAAUUUUUGUACAGUUAUUAAAUUACAGGCGCGUUUCUAACGGCAAAAAAGACAUUCGUCGCCUCUGCGAUAGUGGAUUUAUGUGGUAUUAAAUUCCUGCAAUCAUCGAUUUACGAGCAAUGAUCUUUUUGUAUUCAUAUUGAAUUUUUUUCUCACGGCGCGUCUUCGUCGCCAUCUUGAAUCCGCGCGUCCUUUGUGAUCCCUUUUGGGCCUCCUCGCUGGCUCUCGGUAAAUACCCUCGAAAAUUCAUUCGUCGAAUACGUGGCCUCUCCAGAAUGUCGCAAUCGACCAAUAUUUGACUUUGCUUGACCGUGGCUUCUCGCAAAAUUCCACAUCGACUAUAUUGUGGUCCGAGAACUAUAAAAAUCCAUUCCACGUCGUACAGGUGCGACCUCGUUAACCGGCAAAUUCAACGAACUGGUUAUGUGUGUCUCCAAGUCGUAUUCUGAGAAAUAUUUUCGACAAGAAUAUUCGACUUUUAGGUAUUUUAUAUUAGUCAGGGGGAGUCCCAGGACGGACUUUUCCGUUCCUCGAAAUUCGUAAGGACUUGUUAUCCUUCCAGAAACGUGACGAACCGCACGAGUGCAAUUUUAAUGCCUUUUUCACGUGUACCAAAAGAGACAUAUCGUGGGAACAAUGGAGAUAAAUCAUAGACAUUUUGAAAACUCAGAAAUAUUGUAGAGAAGCCAAUUUUCUUUCUUAUCUCGAAUUUCCCAAAAUCUAGCCGCUUAUUUUCUCGCUCUCAUGCGGUUCGCAUCUCAACCCUACAAAUUCCUGCCAGUUUAGCCUUGACAAAGUUGAACGCCGACCCCCCCUUCCAGUAGAAUUAUCUCUAUCAUUACCAAUCGUCUUGCUACUGCGGUAGAAUGUAUUAGGUCAUAGAUAUAGAGAGAUAGAUAGAUUUAUUAUAAUAUACAUAUAUUAUGUACAUAUACGCGUGCGUAUAUGUGCGCGAGAUUUUCCCAUGAGGAAAUAUUCCAUUCCAGGCGAGGGCCUUUUCCAUGAAGCCCUGUGUUUCCUUUUUUUUCUAUUUUUUUUUUUUUCGUAGCUUUUCUUUCUUCCUUCGUUCCACGUGUUCACCGUUGCCUAUUUGCGUUACUGCCUCUCGCGACCUCGUGUUACGUUUUUUCGUUAAUUAUUCGUUAACGAGUACAACUGGUCGGAUAAGUCGAAUAACAAAAUGGCGACAUCGGUCGCAGUCCUUACGAGAGCGAUUCCGUUUCUCGUUGGACGUUUUCGUCUUCUUUGGAUUUUUCUUUUUUAAUCUCCGCCAGGGGGCAGCGCUUCGGAUCGCGCGUCUUGAUCCGCCAUUUUGUUUUUCUUUUUUUUCUUUUUCUUCGUUACUUUUUUUCUCUUUUGCUAGGGCGAACACUUCCGGCGAUGGUGGCCGCGACUUCCGGUAGCUGCCUUACUCUCGUCUUUGCUAUUCCUCGGUAUUUCUUCCCGACCUUGAUAUAUAUGUAUUUACUGACUAGUAUAGAGUGAUACUAUUUUUGAGAGAAAAAUCUACGCUCAAAGUAAGACUGCCAGGAAUUCGAACACUCCAGCCUUUUCCACGCGUGUCUCCCGGGAGACUUUUUUUUUUUCGUAUUUCAUAUAUAGAGAUUUAGGUAGAGAGAGGGCUCGCGUGUGCAGCCUACGCCGAUCGAGAUCGACGCGACUCGCAUAAUAGUCGUAUAUUUUCUAAUCGACCUUACAAUUAGUCACUACUUACGCGGCCGUAGAAGUAAUUCCCGCGUCCGCGAAUCCCUGCGAGCUUUCGAUUCGAGAUCUAGGAAUCGGAUUUGUAUUAAACGAGCCGUCGAUGGGAAACACCUCGACGCAAGAAUGGACGCCAUUUGCAAUCGGAAGACGCAUAGAGAAAAAUAUAUAUAUAUAUAUAUCGCGCCGGAUGAGGGAAACUACCGACCCUGCGUUGAUAAGGACUAUUCCAUUGAACCUGAGGAAUAUUUCUUUGAAUGGUGCCGAGGAAAUAAUUGUUUACUUAAAAGAAUCAUCAAUUAACUUAAAUAAUACUGGAAUAAAUUGGAUGCAACGUUUCUUCGGAUGACAAUUUAUUUCAGUCCGAGUAGGAUAAUUAUUCUUUGAAUUAGCAAGAUAUUUCUUUAACAUUGUUCAAUGAAAUAUCUCUUUGGUGAGAUGCAUAUAUUUUUUGUUUUUUCUCAGGGUGUUAAUGGACAGCCAGAAUAAUUUAAGGCAGGCCGCACACGAAGACGCUUGUAACGAGCAUGCGGAAUUUAUUUCGCUACGUAAUACACUCGGCAACAAAUUGCUCCGUUUACGUGGAUAUUAAUAGUUUUAUUACAUGCUUAUUGUAUGCGUUUUUCGGGUGCGACUUGAUUACGUAUCUGAGUUCCCGAUCUUACAAUACAUCGAGGGUGAUUUUUAUGGGAAUCAUUGUCAACGAAUAGUCGGAUUUAUGGAAAUUCGACGGGGAAGGAAUGCGUUGCGUUAUGAGGAAAAUGGACGGCGGUGUUCCUGUCCGAGUUGACGAGAAGUGCCUAAUUCCGUAAACGUAUCUCGGCGAGAUGUGCCGGAAUAGGUUAUGUCGUUCGGCCUAGACGCGGAAAUCCCCGAGAUUUUUUGGGGGAUUUUUCCCUCGGUUGGGAAAAAUUAUCGGAGUUGAUAUCGCGGAGUCAUGUUUUCUCCCUUUUUCUCCUUUUUGUUUUCUUUUUUUUUUCAUCGACGAGCGAGAGGGAGGAUGCGACUUUUCGUGGACAUGUUCUCCCGCGAUUUCGCGCUCUGACUGUUAGAACUGUACGAAAUGUGUACGCACAAUCUACGCAAGAUUUAGAUGUAAGGUCAACUAGGUUACGAGCCCCAAUCGAAUCGGUUAUUUCAACUGGAAUUUCAUUAUCUCGGACGCGCCGUCUCGGAUCAAUUUAUAUCAGACGGCUCUAAUGAUGUCCAUCGUGUAAUACGUAUGAAAGUAACAGCGUAAAUUCGUUAUGCAGCUUUCCUAUGAGAAGCCGCAGUUUCGGAAGCAAAGUCUUUAAAAGUAAUUCGACAAAUUUAGUCCUGUGAGUUUUCUUUACCGUGUACUUGUUGCAAUGAAAUUUCGGUAGAGGAGGAUUUUUCAUCUUUUAAGAGAUGUAUCCCAUUGUUCGUUUUUUUGAAGUGACCCGCUCGAUUGGAAUUGACGGAUAAAUGAGUGAUUCAGACCUUGACGGUAGGUUAGCGAUAAUCAAAUAUUGUAAGAGUUAUCGAGAGGAAGGGAACACGCAUCUUCCGUAGUAUGUUAAUAUGUAGAUGGUAGUAACUCGCUCUGUCGUCGCUUAUGUUUAUAUCCGGGAGGAGGUAUGGAAAUUUGCAAAACGAUCGUUCGUAGGUUUACGAAGUACGCGGUGCAACAAUUACUGCGGGGACAAUUACGUGUACGUUUUGUGAAGGUACACGUGUCCCUGUACGCCGAGGACGUUUAUUAUCCGAACUAAUGCAUUUAUCUCCCCCUCUUUGUUUUUCUUCUUCUUCUUAUUUUUUUUCUUUUUUUUAAUGAAAAUCAUGUUUAAUGCAGAGCGAUUUCACUUUCGGGGAAAGCCGGUGAAAUUGUCAUUCGAAAAACGGUGCGCGUACCGUUGCCGUUUUAUACGAAACUUUUUCCUCAUUUUAUACGGAACUACUUUCAGUGGUUAAUCCAUUGUGUGCCUAAUGAGAGUACAGUAAAGUGUAAUAUUUAAUGUAACUCGUAGCAGGGUAUGUAUGAUUCGAAUCGACUUCAGGUAUAACUGUAAUAAUAACGAAGCAGCUUCAAUGAUUAUGAGAAGUGGACAUGGUAAUUUCUUUCCCCGCCCCAUUUUCAGCUACGUGAAAAAGUAAAGUUGAGCUUUUCUUUCUUCUUCUGCGAAAAGUCCUCUAAAUUCGGAUUUUCAACAUAAAUAGUGUGUACUGUUAAAUUAUAACGAGUUGAAACCUCUGACAUCGAGUUAAUUCGGAUAAUAAACGUUUUUGGACGGCGUGCAAAAAUACGACUACAGAAUUUAUCAUUUUUAACACGAGAUCAUUAUAACAAGAACAAAAAUGCGCCGAUUGUGAGCGGCGUCCUUUGUCAAUUAUUUUUCUGGACUCCACUUUGCAUUCCGCCGGGUACAACUUAAUUUUUAAAGUUGUCCGUUGCUUUUCUUAAUGAGGCGAGAAUAAAUCAUGUUUUAUUAUAAACAUUAAAAAUGGCCGCUCGCUAAUUAAGUACUUCGCAAGCGAACGUGCCAACAUUAAAUGAAUUUUGGGUUGGCCUCCUCUGGUAUGUCUAAUGUUAGCAAUAAACGAGGACCAACGUUAUGUGGCAUGUUGCCGAUAUUGUAAUUAAUCGAGGAUAAGUUACAGGAACGCCGAGGAAACUGACAAUUAUUUUCAUCUAGGGAGAAAAUCUCGCCAAGAAGAUUCGGGAGGCACUGCUUGAGCUUUUGUCGCUUUCUUAAGUACCGACCGUGAUGGAACUCCCAAGGGAUGUCGCACAUUCCACGUGUCGUUUUUAGAAAAAUGUACAGCUAGGAGGAGAAUUCGAGGCGAGGAGAGCUCGCUGUAUGGGAAGGAAAAUAUAAAAAUAAAGAGUAUACAUGGAA